UAUUUGUUCAAAGAGAAAAAAUAAUUUUAAACAAUUCAUAGAAACACAUGGUGGCGCUGUAGGAUAAGAUGAAAUCAGUGCAAGGACAACACUGUGGGCUCCAUUAUUCAGAGAAACAGAGAACAUCCAAGCCACUGAGAAGACAGGUAAUAAAGGAGUUUCAUCUACUAAAGCUGUUGGAGGGCUAUAUAUCGUUCAGGGGAGUUCGUAUUUUUAAAAAUUCAGGUUCAGCUUCCAAAAUUAGGGCUGAACUUAAUUUUUUCUACAAAAGAGAAGGAGCCAUGGAGAUCAAAGGGGUGCUCACUCUGCAGAAAAGGCAAGUCCUGAUUCUCUUUGUUUUGCUGGGAUUAUCUCAGGCAGGCCCUGAAUUGGUGCGAUAUUCGGUGGCAGAGGAAACAGAAGUUGGUUCUUUUGUGGCAAAUCUUGCAAAAGAUCUAGGGCUUGGGGUGGAGGAGCUGUCCUCACGGGAGGCCCGGGUAGUGUCUGAUGAUAAUGAAAAGCACUUGCAACUUGAUUUACUGACGGGGAAUUUGCUCCUAAAUGAGAAACUGGACCGAGAAGAGCUCUGUGGCUUCACCGAGCCGUGUGUGCUACAUUUCCAGAUGGUAUUGGAAAAUCCUUUACAGUUUUUUCGGGGUGAGCUGCAUGUCAAAGACAUAAAUGAUCACUCCCCUAUGUUUCUGGACAAGGAAAUACUUAUUAAAAUAUCAGAAAGUACCAGUAGUGGAACCACGUUCCUAAUGGAGAGUGCCCAAGAUUUGGAUGUAGGAACCAACAGUCUCCAAAACUACACAAUUAGCCCUAAUUCUCAUUUCUACAUUAAAAUUCAAGACAGUGGUGAUGGAAAGAUAUACCCAGAACUGGUCCUGGACAGAGCAUUAGAUCAUGAGGAGGAGCCUGAGCUCACAUUAACACUCAUAGCACUGGAUGGUGGAUCUCCACCCAGGACUGGGACAACUUUGGUUCUCAUCAAGGUCUUGGAUAUCAAUGACAAUGCCCCUGAGUUUGCUCAGAGGCUCUAUGAAGUGCAUGUCCUGGAAGACACACUUGUUGGCUCCUGGAUUAUCACCAUUUCUGCUAAGGAUUUGGAUUCAGGAAAUUAUGGGAAAAUAUCAUACACAUUUUUUCAUGCAUCAGAAGAUAUUCGUAAAACAUUUGGAAUCAAUCCAAUAUCUGGGGAGGUUCACUUGAGAUCAUGCCUGGAUUUUGAAGUAAUACCAUUCUACACUAUAAAUAUUCAGGCAACAGAUGGUGGGGGUCUUUCAGAAGAAUGCACUCUUCUGGUUAAUGUAAUAGAUAUAAAUGAUAAUCCACCAGAAGUGACCAUCUCAUCAUUUACAAAGACAAUUCCAGAGAACGCCUCCGAGACUCUGGUUGCUCUUUUCAGUGUCCGAGACCAAGACGCUGGGGACAACGGGAGGAUGGUUUGCUCUAUUCAAGACGAGCUCCCUUUUUUCCUGAAACCAACCUUUAAGAACUUUUUCACUCUAGUUUCGGAAAAAGCACUGGACAGAGAGACAAAAUCCGAGUACAACAUCACCAUCACCGUCACUGACUUGGGGACCCCCAGACUGAAAACGCAGCACAACAUAACCGUGACGGUCUCCGACGUCAACGACAACGCCCCCGCCUUCAGCCAAACCACCUACACCCUGCGGGUCCGCGAGAACAACAGCCCCGCGCUGCACAUCGGCAGCGUCAGCGCCACAGACAGCGACGCGGACGUGCUGCUGGUGGACGGCUUCUCGCAGCCCUACCUGCCGCUGCCGGACGUGGCGGCGGCCGAGGCGCCGGCCGACCCGCUCACCGUCUACCUGGUCAUCGCCUUGGCGUCCGUGUCGUCGCUCUUCCUGUUCUCGGUGCUGGUGUUCGUGGCGGUGCGGCUGUGCAGGCGGAGCCGGGCGGCGUCGGCGGGCCGCUACCCGGUGCCGGAGGGCCACUUUCCGGGCCACCUGGUGGACGUCAGCGGCACGGGGACGCUGUCCCAGAGCUACCAGUACGAGGUAUGUCUGACGGGAGGAACUGGGACAAAUGAGUUUAAAUUUCUGAAGCCAAUUAUCCCCAGCCUUCCUGUCCCUGACACUGGGAGGAAUAUAGGGGGAAAUGAGAACUUGAGAAAUAGCUUUGGAUUCAACAUUCAAUGACAUAAUUUUUUUAAAGUUUGACUAUUUUGUUAUUCUUGACAAUCUGUGGAUACUCUUUGCCAAUCUGUAAUGGAUAUUAGGUUGUACUUUAGUUGCAUGUAUUAUCAUUUCUUGCGCUGCUCUUAACAGCUGCGUUAAAAAUCUUUAUUAGUGGCCAUAAUGAAAUGGAAAUAUAAUCUAUGCUUUUGGGUCCCCCCUCCCCACUUAUUUGAUUGUACAUGGUACAUUAAUAGAGUUAUUAGUAUUUUUUUGUUGUGAUAAUGACACUGAUUUGCAAAACAAUGUUACUAAUUAUAUGGAGGUACAAACUGAUGUAUUAAGAGUGAAUGCCACAGUAUAUGUGAUUGACUUCUAGGCAUUUCAUUAAAUCCUAAAGCAAAAAUAAAAAGUGCUGUUGGAUCUGAGUGGAAGCCUAUUGGAUUUUAUUGCACUAUUCACGUUGCAAAUUUUCAUCAUAAAGUGUAAAACAUAUACCCCUCCAUAUUCAGAAUCUAGGAUACCUUAUUUGCUUGCUUUCUGUCGUGUUUUUGAAGAAUUCAGUUUAUGACAAAAUAAAAGUGACCGGAUUGAAAAUUA